UGGUGGGAAGAAGACAGCGGGAGGGUCAAUCUUCUUCACUCAGCUUCAUCUCAAAAACGAAAAAAUUCUACAAUGGCCGUCUCCUUUGCUUGUCAUGUAAAACACCUCGCCCUAACCUUCACAUCUUUCGCUUCCGUAUUAAUGAACCGCCAAUCAACAGAGAAAGACAAGGGCAAUCAAGGGCAAGAGAACAAGGAAAAGGAAGGAAACCCCUUCAUAGUCAGUCCUCUUUAUUUGGUAUCAACUUCCCCCGCCCGCUGAUCUGCCGGCCAGGGCUGACCUCUGCAACCAGAAUUUCAUCGCAGCCUCGGCAAACUCAGUUGGGUUCCUGAUCUUCCAAGAUUCUUUUUGUGGGUUUCAUGCUGGCUGAAGGAGGCUCGACUGAACCACUCAUGGAUAGAAGUAAAGAUGCAAGCUUUGAGGAGAAGGAAAGUUUAAGGAAUGGACUUGAGUUGGUGAAACCUGCCACGGAUAAACAUAUGGAUCUUCUGAGACCAACAGCUAGAAACCUUUCAGUAUUCAGAGGGCAACCGUCGCCACCGCAAGGAUUGGAGCAGGAAAAGGGAAAGUACACGCUAAUCAGAGAUCCUGAAGAUUUCCUAGCAGGGGGUGCAUUUGAUAAGCCCCUUCCCUGCUUUGGUUGUGGAAUAGGGUGGUUUUCCUUUCUUUCCGGGUUUUUGUUCCCACUCAUGUGGUACUAUGCUACAAUCCUUUACUUCGGAAACUGCUACCGCAAAGAUCCCAGGGAAAGAGCAGGCCUCGCUGCAGCAGCAAUUGCUGCAAUGGGUUGCUCUGUUAUAUUGGUGUUCAUACUAGCUUAUUGUCUCUUGUUUUAACUUUCAAACAUUCAAGGAUUGAGAUCACUCCAGGGGAAAGGAAAAGGCGCAAGAGAAAUGCACCCAUUAGUUGGUGGCUACAUUGGAAGAACGACAGUGUUACAUAGAGUGCCUAGUUCAUACGUACAGACUCGAAUUGUAAAGUAUCGAUUUCGCCAUACAAGUUUGUUUACGUUGCCCUGCAAUUGUAAUUUCAUACCGGUGAAUGUUUUGUAAGGUUUCGA